AUGCCAUUAACUAUUCGAUUAUAUAGAAGUCGAAAGUUUAUCAUACCUUUUCUGAUUAUAAUUAUUUUACUUGGCAGUUUUGUUAUAUUUCAAUCCCUUAAUAAUUAUUUUGAUAGCAUAAAACAGUCAAAUUUAUAUCUUCAACGACAAUCAUCAAAAUUGAAUUCUUCAUUUAUUCACCGAGCUAUCUUAAUAUUUUAUCCAUCUAAUCAAGAAUCACAUUAUUUACCAGAAAUUCGAUGGUUAUAUCGUUCAUGGGUUGAAAUGAUGAAAUAUGAAUCGAAAAACUGGAGAACAGAUUUAAUUAUAUAUACAGGAGAAUAUUCUUCAUCAUUUCAACAACUUGGUUGUAUUCUUAAUCAAAUACGUAUAAAUAAUACUGAGCAACCACAAUGUCGAGUAUUUCUUUAUCUUCGUUUAUCAAUGCGUGAAAUCAGUUCUUUAACUCAAAAACAAACAAUAUUAGCUAAUCAAGGUAAAAAAGAAUUAUUUAACAUUAAUACUCAACGUUCAAUACAAUUGUAUAAACAAAUAAAACAAUAUGAAUACAUUGAUUCUGUGAAUAUUAUAGCUGAAUCUUAUCCAACAUUUGAAUAUUAUGAUUUUAUACUUAAAACUGAUAUUGAUGUUUUUAUAACCACACAGUUUGCUAAAUAUGUACCUCUUACAAAUCUAACAUUAUUGGUUGGUCGUGGUGGUUAUUCAACAAAAUUUAAUACACGUCGUUUAGGACGUAUUGCUCGAGAUAUGAAUUGGAAAUAUCAAAAUAUGACUAAUAUUGGAUCAACAUGGUGA